GGCUCCCUUCGCUCCAACAUCAGUGGGGGCAGUCAACUAACCUCCAACUCUGUGCUCGAUCACCAAAGCAGGUAUUUCGCGGCUUCUGGUGGCACCCCCGUGUUUGACUCUUUGGACGAACCCCUAACGCCCAACGUAACGGAGACCUACAGCGGACAGUGGAAUGAAGAUCGGCGCUCGGGCUACGGUGUGGCUGAACGUUCAGAUGGCCUGCGCUAUGAAGGCGAGUGGUACAACAACAAGAAGGACGGUUUUGGGGUGACUUACCACCCAGACGGAUCAAAAGAGGAGGGCCGCUACAAGGAGAAUAUUUUGGUGCAGUCACUCAGCAAGCGAAAUAAACUCUACCUUCUGCGACAUUCGAAGUUAAAGGAGAGUUUGGAGGAGGCUGUCCGCAAGGCAAAAGAGGCUGCGAAGGAGGCCCAGGAGAAAUCUGCUGAAGUGGCUCACCAACGGGCACAGAGUGCUAGGAGCGUGGCUACUUCAUCGGAAGCCAAGGCAGAAGAGGCCAGAAGACUCUCCGAACAGGCUCGGACCAUUGCCCGAGAAUUCGCCUCUGAUUUCAUACAAAUGGGUAGGUUCUUCUAUGAUUUAACUCACAUCGGUUCAAAAUCCACCUGA